AUGUCGUACCCACCAGAUCGGGAACGAGGAGAGGGGUCAAGCCGGAUCACCAGCCCCCUUAUGGAGGGCGAAGAACCAGAUGCGGUACAAGAGGAGCUGGAAGUUGAGCAGGAGCUGAGCCAAGUCAAGCGAUAUGAAGACUUCUCCACCGUCGACUGGAUCCAGGACUCAUUGCGCGAACGAUAUGCACGUGUACUCGCUCCGUCCCAUGCGACGUCCCUGACUGCUCGGCUGAGUCGAUUAAAGGGCCCAGUAGGGUAUGCCGGGCGGGCUAUAGCGCAGAUACUGGAAGAAGGCGAGACUUGGGUAGUCAUAUCGCUCGUCGGUGUUGCGAUAGGAAUGACUAUGGCGCUCAUUUCCAUCACCUCUGUAUGGCUCUCCGACAUCAAGCUCGGAUACUGCACCACUGGAUGGUGGCUGAAUCGCAAAUUCUGCUGUCUGGAGGUAUCGGAUGAAGGAGAGGGCUGCGCGGAGUGGAGGAACUGGGGAGGGGUGGAACCGUUUCGGUAUAUGGCGUACAUCUUCUUUGCUGCCCUAUUCUCAUUUUCGGCUGCGAACAUUGUCAAAGCCUUCGCGCCCUACGCAGCUGGAUCAGGUAUUUCAGAGAUCAAGUGCAUCUUGGGCGGAUUCAUCAUCAAGAACUUCCUGUCUGCCGCUACGACUGCUGUCAAGGCUUUGACUCUGCCUCUCACUAUCGCCUCCGGCCUCUCUGUUGGGAAGGAAGGUCCCUCGGUUCACUAUGCAUGCGGAAUCGGGAACGUCGUCGGGCGGCUGUUCCAGCGGUACGAUAGAAGUGCAUCCAAGAUGCGGGAUAUCGUGACUUCCGCUAGCGCAGCAGGAGUCGCCGUCGCUUUCGGGUCACCUAUCGGCGGUGUUCUGUUCUCGAUCGAGGAGAUGAAUCAGGCGUUCUCAACCAGGACGAUGUGGCAGAGCUUCGUCUGCGCCCUGGUCGCGACUUUCACCUUGGCGUCGAUGGACCCCUUCCGCACGGGGAAAUUGGUCCUUUUCACCGUGUCUUAUGAUCGUGAUUGGCACUACUUCGAGAUUCCCGCGUACCUCCUCAUCGGCGUGUUCGGGGGUCUAUACGGAGUCUUUGUGAUAAAGUUCAACCUCCAAGUCGCAGCCUUCCGGCGAAAACACCUUAAAGACCACGGCGUACUCGAAGCGGUCGGUCUUGCAUCUCUCACUGCGGUCAUGGGCUAUCUCAACAGAUUCCUCCGGAUCGACAUGACGGAAUGUAUGGAGAUCUUGUUCAGGGAGUGCGAGGGCGGAGGGGAUAAGUAUGGGCUGUGUCAGACAUCGGCACAGUGGCGAAUGGUCAAUUCGCUCCUGCUCGGCACGAUCGUGCGCACUGCGCUCGUCAUCAUCUCGUACGGCUGCAAAGUCCCCUGCGGUAUCUUCGUACCGUCCAUGGCGGUCGGAGCGAUGUUCGGACGGAUGGUGGGCAUUUUGAUGAAGGCCAUGCACACUGCUUUCCCAGAAGCACCUUGGUUUGCUGUAUGUCAGCCGGACGCGCCGUGUAUCACUCCUGGGACCUAUGCCUUCUUGGGCGCAGCUGCAUGUCUUGGAGGCGUCACCAAGCUGACCGUGACCAUUGUGGUCAUCAUGUUCGAAUUGACUGGUGCCUUGACCUACAUCCUGCCUACUAUGAUUGUCCUGCUUGUGACCAAAGCCGUCAGCGAUUCCUUUGGCGGUGCUGGGAUAGCCGACGAAAUGAUCCGCUUCAACGGAUAUCCGUUCUUGGAGAAGGAAGAUAAGGACUCUGGAGAUCAUGCUUUCAUCGAGCCUAUUGGAAACGUCAUGAAGCGCGGUAUCGUCAUGAUGCGGGCCGACGGUAUGCCUAUCCAGGAAAUCGAGGAGAUCGUCCAAAGUACGAGCUAUCAAGGCUUCCCCGUGGUCCGCGGCGAAUUCGACAAGACCAUCGUCGGGAUAGUCAGCAAAGCGGAACUACGAUAUGCGCUGGAAAAAGCUCGUAGGACCCGAAACGUCUCAGACUCCGCCAUCUGCUCUUUCGAAUGUACACCCUCAACAGAAGCGGACGAGAAUGGAUUCCUCGCUCAGCCCGAUAUUGUCAUUCCUGGAAGAAGAGCAAGUGCGGGUCCGCUCAGAAGUCCGUCUGUCAGAGGAGGGCCUCAGCUGGAGAUGGGCCAGGAUAGGCGGACUAGCGGGGUUAUGGCUGAGCAGGUUGACUUUGGGCAGUAUGUGGAUGAGACUCCGCUGACGGUCUCGCCCAAGAUGCCGCUCGAGAUCGUCAUGCAGCUCUUCAGGCGUAUGGGGCCGCGCGUCAUUCUCGUAGCCAACGAAGGCCACCUCGUUGGACUCGUCACUGUCAAAGAUGUCCUCCGUCACGAAGCACAAAUGGAGCAUGAACACGCCACCUCCGUACCCGUCAGCGCCGCCAUUCCCACCUCUGCUUCUGCUGUGCCAAGGGAGCCAACGCAUAUGCGAAACGACUCGGCGAGUAGCUGGGCUACCGGUGGAGCAGGGGGCAACUGGGAGCCGGUGGGUGGUCCGAUUGCUGAGGAUGGAGCGGCGGGGCUGGAAGUUGCGCUGGAAGAGGGAUUGAGAUGGGUGAGCCAGAAGGCAGGCGGGCUUGGACGCGCAGUGGAUAGGAUACGAGGUGGGGGUGGUACAACAGGACGGAAUGGAGUGGAGGAUGCGAUGGAGUAUGAGCUAGAGGAAGAACGGCCGUUACCACCUAUGCGGUAG